CCCAAACAAAUUGAUUCCUAGUCGGGUGCUCACUAGCGCCGUGUAUGUGGUCGCUGACCCGUUUGUGCCCGAAACUGUGUGUGUGCGUGUGUGUGAGUGUGUGUGUGUGUGUGUGUGUACGUUCCUUUUUUUAGCUUUUGCUAUUAUUUUAUGUGUUUCGCCAGUAACUUCUGUGUAAUAGCCGUAGUCUGUUUACGGUUUCAAGUUUUGUUUGUUCUAGUGUUUCCACUGACUGCUCUCAUAGCAUUUACACUUGUUCUUGUGGAGUAGUGAAUGCGUUCGAGACACCCAGCUUCUUCUUCAGUUGAGAGAGUGUUUGACCGAACGGUGAGACUUACGUACGCGACAGUAAUGACUGUCGUCACACAAAACGGCGGAAAUGGACGUCACGUCGUGGUGGUAUUGUGGACACCGCCGGGUGGUAUUUGGACCUUUAUCUGUUGGGAAGACGUCGGUAAGACAGAAUCAGACAACCAGCUCAUAUACCACUAAAUGCAACAUGCAUAGAUCGACCCUCGCUGACGUUGAAAUGCUUGACUCUAGCGUUGCUGUGUAAGUGAUAAUGGAGCCGCAACGGGUGCAAGCCAUAUAUAAUUUUACUGGAGAGCACACAGAUGAGCUCAAUUUUAAGAAAGGGGAUAUUAUCACAAUUACUCAGCCCCUGGAGGGCGGCUGGUUUGAGGGCACUCUGCGAGGCGUCACUGGUUGGUUUCCCGCAAACUAUGUUAUUGAUUAUUGGGGGAAUGCUGGCGUCGAACCAGCUAUUGAGGCACAGGCCGCAGAGGCUGCUGAACAUCGCGCAACACUCUUAACGAACAUUAUCAAAACUGAAGCAGCAUUUGUCAGAGAUCUCGACGCAUUCAUGAAUUCAACACUACAAUCGGUCUGGCGCUUGUUUGGAGUUGAAUAUGAUCUAAUUAAUCGCCAUCUUGAGCUCAUCCUUGAAGCACACCGAACACUCCUGUCAGGUCUUCGAGCCGAAGCGUCCAGACACCCGAAUAAAGUCGGCAAGGUGUUCUUAGCCAUUUUUCCUCGACUGCAAAGCGUUCAUAGAAAUUACUGCGCCCUUCAUCCCCGAGUUAUCAAGCUAAUAAUGAAUUCGAGUGCGAUAACAAAUGCCAGUCUAAAUGGUGCCACGAGUAACAAUAACAACAAUAAUGUACCUAACAUGCUCAAAUUAAGCGUCGGCUUGUCAGCGCCAUUCAAACGAAUGGAGAAAUAUGAAACGGUUCUCGAGGAGCUGACCAGGCUUACAGCCGAGAACCACCCGGAUCGCGGGGACUGUCAGAGGAGUUGCAGUCUUUUUCGUGAGCUCGUUCAGGAGAUAGUAGCAUUGCGACGACGGAAAGACGUCGAGACCGAGAUGCUUAAUGCCAACAUACGUAACUGGGAUGGCGCACCGAUUUCAAACCUCGGCGAAGUUCGCCUCACGUGCCCAGUCACUGCGCAGUGGCAGAACGGCCGAAAAGACCACUAUCUCGUCGUGUUCGAUUCAGCUGUCAUACUUGUGUCACUCUAUAACCCGAAUGAGUUCCAGUUGGACUGCAAAUUUCCUCUGGAGCAAACAACUGUCACUAAGAUGGAUAAGCAUCUAUCGUUGGAAUUUGCGUACCAAAAUACGAGAGUUCUCGUGACAUUUCACUCACCUGAGGAUUUGGAGAAACUUCGAAGUCGCGUGGACGUCUACGCGACGGUACAGAAACGCAACUCAUCGAAGUCAGUAGACGGAGGUUUGUCCUUGGUACCGACUGUGUCCAGAUCAGGAGCCAACGGAUCUCGACCAGGGACCCCAGAUCAGAUGCUGGAUGUUAACAUUAGUCAACAGAUGACUGCAUGGCCUUGCCAGCAGUCAUCGAGGGUAUCACGGCCAACGUCGCCUGCUUGGCCGAGACCGCCAUCUCAAAGGUCACAUCAACAGCAGAAUCAACAAUGUGGUUCACCGUUGGACACAGCUUCAGGCCAUUCUGAGCUGCCAGCAUCAAGGAUGAGUCUCAUGGUAUCAAGAAUUCGAGGCGUCUUACCCCAUACAAGAAUAAAAGUGCCGCUGCAGAAGGAGGCUGUUCCUGGCUUGAAGAGAGGAUCAUCUGCCCGAAAAAACAAAAAAGAACUUCCUACGCCCAUUCUUCCUCCGGAGCCACCGUUCAACACCGUCGACUACGAACGAGACCUGCAGAUCCUCAAAGUGGUUGAAUCAGUUGCGAAUCUCUCAAAGAAGCCAACCCCUUCCAUCCCUGUUGGGUCUUUAGCGGCUGCCGGCGCGACAUCGGCCGGGGGAUUGAGUUCGUUACCGUCGGUUCGAAUUUCUACCGUGACUGCUCACAGCGGGUCCCCAAUGGACGGGGAUGGAGUUCACGGGGCGGUAGGACCUGGGAGGCCACUCAGCAUUUCGCCAGUAUCCCCGGGGGGAACCGAUGGACACGCGGCAAGCAUUAGAAACGUUCAGAAUGACAUCGCAUUUCUCAAAGAGCAAGUGGCCAAAUUGCAGGCCGAGCUGCAAGAGGAACGCCGACAGCGAAGAGCUCUUCAGGAUCAAGUUAAUCUUUUUUCGUCCGUAAAAAGAAUGUAAAGCUGAUAUCUAUCUGCUUGAUAUCGAUUUUGUCGACAUUUUAUCGCACUGCCAAAACAGUGCGACAAAAUGAAUGUUGCAACGAUAAAAAAAAAAUGAAAGCCUGCGCUAAAUGAACGAAUCAAACAAUCGAGCUCAUUUUUUCAACCAACAAGCUGCAUGGCAAUACAUUUCAAAGUCGCGUCAACAAACGAUGAUAUAGGAUGGACGAACCUCCAGUCCCGAGUCCGCUUGGUCCUCGUACCCAUCACGUCCUUGUAACUCUCACGCACAUUUCUCUCUAAUUAGUUCUGUUAGAGCUACGUGUCGUAUCUGUGUGUUAUCCUACCCAUUGUCUUUGUCGUUCAUUCUUUGAACACGCAUGUAUUCGUAAUACCGCUGCGCGCUAUGUUUUUGAUGACGUGUCGAUGUUAGGAGCAAAUCAUUGCCACUAUGAUCGCUCGUUACAUGGGGACAAACGUAACGUUACCUAUUAAACUUUAGUUCCCAAUUUUAUAGGUGUUGGCGUUCAUUUUUGUAAGUGCACAGCCGUUUUUUUAUUGUUCCUUGCUUUGCUUUAACAACAUCGAAAAAGCAGAGCGCCUCGAAAAUUACUAGAUGCUAUCUUCCGCACCAACUUUGUAAAUAAUGCGUGGCAUCCUUGUUAACUUAUAGACGUUAGAAAUAUUAGACUAACUUCUUAAAUUAUGGAUAUCUCUCGUACGACCCACCUGGUCACUUACUCAACCGCUAUCUCGUUAUCAAUUUGUACCUUGUGGCUAUUGCUUUUUUGUCUCCUACGUACCCCCACCUACAUCAAUUUUUCGACCUAAUUUAACCUACAGAGGUGCAUAUUUCUGACGAAUGCUUGAAAUCUGCUGUGUAUUAUGGAAAAUCUGUGCCCGAAUAUGAAAGAUCCGUUAAUGCUGACGACAUGUAUGUACAUAUUGCAAUUCAAGCAUCUACGAAAAUCUCUCCAGUCAAGCUAUUACUAAAAAGGAGUUCUAAACCAACAACUGCGUAGGAAAGAACGAAUCUGAUCUAUAACUUAACGCGAGGGAAGCAGUCCUUAGUAAGCGAGAAUAUGAGAAGAAAAUCAUAUUAACUUGUUGGGAUUCGAAACUAAGAUCGAAAAGCGCUGUAUGCACCUACAUACACGCAUUCACACGUUUCGGAAAGUCGGAGAAGUAACACCAGUCACCAACUCUAAGACGAUUCGUGGCAAUAGGGGUGCAGUAAUACAAAAUUACUAUAAAGAGAAAAGCAGACAAACACUUAAUAAACGUUAGCUCCGUUCGGUGCAAAAAAACUAACAUGUACAAACGCUACACCGUAUCGACAUGGCACGUCGCUGUUCGCACGCAAGCUUUUUGUGCCAAACAGAUUUACAGUUGACCUGGAGAAUAAGUCGGAGCUUAUAUACAUGAACGCUACUAUAUACACACAUAUAUUUCUCUAUGGACAUAUUAUAUUUAUAUCUGCAAAAUAGCAAAACGCCUAAAUGGGCCCCAGUAGCAAAGUGCGCUUGUUGUUAGGAGUUCUAUUGUACAAAGACAAUAAUUAAAAAAUAAUACACUGACAGAUCGCAACUGACAAAUAAAUGCCUACAUAUCUCGACAAUGAGUCAACAAGUUAUCAGUGUACUGCAGAAUGAUGAGAUUUUCGAAGAUAUGUAGUUUGCUUCGUAAACUAGGGGAAGUGCUCGUCUUGGCUGUUAUUAAUAUUUUACUAAUUUACAGUAAUUAGCGGUCGAUGCCCUAAGUGGAUGUUAACUGUUGUUUUAGCUGGGACCCUAACCCGACGGCUGUACCAGUGAUAAGAUAUCGGAGUCAAUUACAUCUGCGAAAAUAUAUUAAUCUAAAAGGACAUUCAAUAGAGAUCUAGAGUAUUAUAGUACUUUGCAGUUAGAAAACAAAGCUCGAAUCCAAUCGGGUCUUCGAGCUCUCAAUUCGAAUCGCAGAGACGAGAAUAACAAGCUAACCUCACCUGUAGAAUGACCAAAAUAAUCGAGCUGGCUAUUGAAAACAAUGAAUAAAGUGUUACCUAAGAAUUUAG